AUGGCUUUUAUGGGAAAUCUUGACUUGGAUAAAUAUGAUGUCCAAUAUGGAACAUGGUUAUUAAAAAGAACAGAUUCUAACAAAAAAUCUUAUAAUGACAUUAGACAUACCGCUAAAAAGCUUAAUAACUAUUACAACCUAGCAGUUUCCAUCAAAGAUAAAAAUAGAACCAUACAUAAAAAAUUAUACAAAAGAAUUCUAGAAGAAGAAGAAUUUGAUAAAAAUUUUGGCACACAAAACAUU